GCUUACAUAACCUUCGCCACAACAAUAACACAACAAACGGAUGAGAAUACAAGUUUAGUCAAAGCGUAGCGUUUGAAGCGUUAACAGAUUUUUUUUCGUGUUGAAACGUAGUAAAAGUGAAAAUGUCCAUGAAAUUAGAUGCAAUCAUAUUUGGGGCUACCGGAUUUACGGGUCAAAUUGUGGUCGAAAAAGCGCCAGAGGUAUUGGAGAGCCUCACAUGGGGCAUUGCCGGCCGUAAUAAGAGUAAACUGGAAAACGUACUGAGAAAAGCAAGUCAGGCAACUGGGAAAGAUCUGAGUGCGGUGCCAAUUAUCUUGGCAGAUGUGGAGGACCGGAAAUCGAUUGAAGAAAUGGCGAAGAAAUGCAAGAUCGUAAUCAAUUGUUGUGGCCCCUAUCGUUUCUUUGGCGAAGUGGUGGUUAAGGCGUGCAUUGAAGCCGGUACACAUCACGUGGACAUCAGCGGGGAGCCGCAAUACAUAGACGGAAUGCAAGUUAAAUAUCAUGAACUGGCACAGGAGAAGCACGCCUAUGUGAUCUCGGCCUGUGGAUUUGACAGCAUACCCGCCGAAAUGGGCGUGGUGCAUGCAGAGAGAAAUUUUCCAGGUACUGUAAAUUCAUGUGAAAUGUUUUGGGAAAACAUGCUUGAUUACCGCGACAAAGACUCCAAGGCUGUUUUACACGCCGGCACUUGGGAGAGUGCCAUUCAUGCCAUGGCCAACUAUAGGGAACUGCGAAGGUUGCAUCACGCGUUGGAGCACGAGAAGCUGCCAGAUUUGCGACCUAAAUUGAAGUACUGCCCCUUUAUACGCAAAGUCCAAUUUCUCGAUCGCUACUUCUUUGCCAUACACUCCGGCGAUCGUGAUGUCGUAAUGAAUACUCAACGCUUGCGCUAUGUGGACAAUCAGAAGCGUCCAGUGCAGUUCGAAAAUUAUAUUGGUUUCAAUUCCUUUUGGACCACUCUAGUGACACAAAUGAUACUUCUAUUCACCGCUAUAAUGGCGCAAAUUCCUUGCAUGCAACGAAUUCUAAUUAAAAAUCCGAAAUUCUUCACUAGAGGUCUCAUGUCCCACGAGGGACCAGUCGAAGCAAAUCGAGCAACGCAAAAAUUUCAAAUGACUUUUCGCACCAAAGGUUGGGCUGAGGGACAGCCAUUGACCGAGGAACCCAAACAAGAACUUUUAACACGGCUAUCAGCUACUGACCCGUUCUAUGGCAUGACAAGCGUGUCGAUUUUGGUGGCGGCAAAAAUUAUACUAAAGGAGAAUGAUAAAAUGCCCAAGAACGGCGGCGUCAUAUCGCCCGGCUAUGCCUUUGCAAACACCGGCCUCAUUGAGGAAUUGAGUCGUCUGAAGGAUGGCUUGAAAUUUGAGGUAUUGAAGCUAGAGCGCUGAUUUCAAUACAAAAAUAUUUUUUUUGUAUUAAUUACACGGGUACUUGGAGUUUUCUGCAAUAUAUUGUACGCAUUUUACUACUUAUUUUACAAUAAAAUAUCAUAAAUAUCGGCAAUAAA